AUGUUAUCAGAAGAAAAAUCCUCACUGCAUGACAAGACAGAUCUCUCCGAUAGAUCAGUCAUUUUUCAUAAGAUAAGAGAAUCUUUAGAUACUGAACCAAAGGCAAGAUUUGAACAUGAUCUCAAUCAUGUUAAGACAUCAUUAAGUAAACUACUCCCAGAUACAGUUUCAGGAGUUAGUAUUUGUAAGCUUUAUAGAAUAGGAAAAAAGGUGGAUUCCGAAAAUCCUCAGAAAAACCGCCUCCUAAAAAGGACAUUCACUAAGUUUGAUACUACCAUGUUCACCACAUCCUUAGUGAGAACUAAGUUAGAGAACUGUGUUCAGGCUGCAAGCCCUUGUUUAAAAGGUGACUCAGACAUACUAGAAAAAGUGCAGAGGACAGCUACGCGUGGAAUUUUGGAACUUCGGGGUUUAUCAUAUAAAGAGCGGCUUGAAAAACUGAACCUCUUUACUCUGUCCUAUCGCAGACUAAGGGGAGAUCUAAUAUUGAUAUACAGAAUACUGAGACAUGAUUUCGGACCUAAGUUAUUCUCUCUUUUUCUUCCCACUAGAUCGGGACACCUUAGAGGACAUAGCAGGCGAGUAGAAAAGCCAAGAACGAACAAAAUACCCGUGGCAUACAGGUUUUCACACCGAGUCAUCAAUACUUGGAACCUGCUGCCGCACCUACAAUUGACUUUGUCAAGAGAAGACUGGACACUUACAGAAGCAUACUAG